GUCCAACUGCCACGAGCGUCUGAGCUUGUUCAAUGAUUCACACUCCCGCCGAGUCUCUCUGUUCUAGGUAGUACUUAAUGUCAUAGUGUUCAUUCACACUCCCGGGCCCAGUCUCUCUGUUCGAACGCAUCAGAUGAAAUCAAUGAUGGUUGUAAUGAUGGCACUUCGCUCCCAUAUAUACACAACUUGAGAUAUACCAAUCCAUUAUCAUCAUGCCCUCUACAUUCACUCACGAGUUCAACGCACCCGCUUUCAAGGGAAAAGUUUCCUUCAGCACCGGUCUCUUUAUCAACGGCCAGUUCCUGGAUGGAUUGGAAAAUACCACCAUUGAUGUCAUCAAUCCAACAAAUGGAAAGGUAAUAACGUCAGUGUCCGAGGGUACCCCUAAGGAUGUCGACCUCGCUGUCGACGCUGCACAUAAAGCUUUCGACACUACCUGGGGUCUUCAUGCCCCCGGCGCUCAGCGUAGCGUUUUGAUGUCAAAGCUUGUUGCCCUCAUGGAGAAGAAUGCCGAUGAACUUGCCGCUCUGGAGGCAUUAGACAAUGGCAAGACCUUCAAUUGGGCAAGAAAUAUCGAUGUUGCCGGUUCCAUCGAUUGUAUUCGCUACUAUGCCGGUUGGGCUGAUAAGGUCACUGGUCAAGUACAAGAGACCACCGAGGACAAGCUCACCUACAGUCGCCACGAGCCCAUCGGUGUCGUUGGUCAAAUUAUCCCAUGGAAUUUCCCAUUGCUCAUGGUGGCUUGGAAACUUGGCCCUGCUCUUGCAUGCGGCAACACAGUCGUUCUAAAACCUUCAGAAUUCACACCCCUGACCGCCAUCCGAAUGUGCCAUCUUAUCAACGAGGCUGGUUUCCCGCCCGGAGUAGUCAACGUCCUCACUGGUUACGGAAACACUACCGGGAAUGCCAUCUCUUCGCACAUGAAGAUAGACAAGGUCGCCUUCACUGGCUCAACCCUUGUUGGUCGCAAGAUCAUGGAGGCUGCUGCUAGGAGCAACCUCAAGAACGUCACCCUCGAACUUGGUGGAAAGAGUCCAAACAUCAUCUUUGACGAUGCAGACAUCGAACAAGCUGUCAACUGGGCUGUAUUCGGUAUUUUUUGGAACCACGGUCAGACGUGUACCGCAGGUUCGCGAAUCUACGUGCAAGAAGGUAUCUAUGAUGAAUUCUUCAAACGCUUCAUGGAGAAAACUCGGUCGCUCAAGGUCGGCGACCCAUUUGACCCUGAGACUUUCCAGGGUCCUCAGGUCUCCGAGAUUCAAUUCAAUCGUAUCAUGUCUUACAUCGAGUCUGGAAAGGCGGCUGGUGCCAAGGUUGAGAUUGGUGGCGAGCGUCAUGGAAGCGAGGGUUACUUCAUCAAGCCCACCAUCUUCACCAAUGUCGACCCAUCGAUGAAGAUCGUCCAAGAGGAAAUUUUCGGUCCUGUUUGUGUCGUAAUCAAGUUCAAGGACGAGGAAGAUGUGAUUAAGCAGGCAAAUGACACGCUCUACGGUCUUGCCGCUGCUGUUUUCACCCCAAACCUGAAUCGUGCUAUUAACACCGCGCACAGACUCAAGGCUGGAACUGCGUGGAUUAACUGCGUGAACUCGUUUAACUCCAAUGUACCAUUCGGCGGUUUCAAGCAGAGCGGUAUCGGUCGUGAAUGUGGCGACUAUGCCCUAGCUAAUUACACUGCAGUGAAGGCUGUCCAUGUCAACCUCGGCCACAGGAUGUGAGCUGGAGGAAA